UAUUAAUUUAGAAAUGAUGUUGAUUUAUUCAAUGUUGGCGCUGAGCGUUUUGAGCCAUGUGUAUGGAGAUAUUCCUUUCCACACUAAACUGACAGGUACACGUUAUGCUUUCUUUUUACUAAAAAAAUAAUAACGUUCUAGCGGAGUCUGUUCGUGAUAUACAAUACUAACGCCCGUAUUCUAAAAGCCCACUCAUACUCACACUCAAUGAGUGGAAGUUCAAUCUGAGCUUCUCUCAAGUGUCAUUGCUGUUUUUGAAUAGCUGGAGGGUGGGUAGUCACAUAGUAAGGUAUGACACUAGCUUUCCAGCUAUUCAAAAACAGCAAUGACAAUCCGAAGAUUGAUUGAUAAUUAAAAUCCCAAUUCAGUCAGUUCCGCGUCCGAAGAAUUUUAAUCCGAUUCGGAACCAAUCCAAGAGCAAGCAUGCAGUCAUGCCAUGCCGGCUUGAUCUGAUCCGACGAAAUACGAAUAAAAAGUUUGCACUGUACAAUCAAUUGAUAUUUUGAUUCCAAUUGACAUUUUUACUUCCUUACGACGCAGCACAGAAACUCAUUCUGGAUAUAACACGGCAGAAAACGUCUACACAUCCGUAAACCAUACUAAAAACUGCCUUGUGAAUGUGGUGUCAAGCGUUCCGAAGGUUGUAAAAAACGCAAGAUCUUUUAAUUGUGGGAUAGGUAAUAGGACCUUUACAUGUGUCUUGGACCUGUGGACCGUAUUGUAUGUAAAUUUAUUACAUGGAAAUUAAUAAGUGUGAUUUGAUGAUGCACAUAAUCAAAAACUUUAGGUUAAUCAAUAAAGAAAAGUCUUUUUAAUUUAAAAUAUACACAACGAUCAACUUCAAAGCUGUUAUAAGCGAACAAUACAUUAAUUAAUAGUUCAACCAAACCUACCUUCGUUAACGUGGGCGCCUUUACUCCAUUCUUUUAGUAUUUCUUUCGUGUUUAUUUUCUUAUUAAAAAGCUUUUGAAAGUCACAAAAUUUUGCAAAAAUGAAAUGUAUUUGCAAGAAAUCAUCAUUCGUCAAUCAUCAAAUCAAGAAAUGUUUGCUAUUCAGUCGCUGUCGUCAUGCAGUCGUUAUAAUGCAAACUUUGAAUUUGACUAAUCAUUGUCCGCUAUUCAUGAUAGUCCGCCAUGUUUUGAGAUCAGUGAGGAUGACCACCCACCGAAAUUUCGUUGGUGACCCAGGCCCGCGGUCAUAGAUGAACAUGAGACUUCGCAAAUGUUUUCGUUCGCCCCGGAUGUAAAUAGCCGGGCGGAAUUUUAGUACACUCGCCCCGGGCUCACGCCCGGAACCUGCAGGAGCAAUGUAUCAUUUUCUCUUUUUCAGGAAAUUUUCCAGGAUAACAACAGUUACCCUGGCACAACUAAUUUGGUACCCAACUGCAGCCAUGCAUUGUGCCAGCUCUGUUGGGGGUAUAUAGGUCCAUUAUAUUAGUUAUUUUAUUCUUUCACUUUUCAGUUGUUCUGCCCUUUAAUUUGAAUGGUACAAUUUUUACAGGUGUAUCUGUCAGGUUACAAGGACCAUCAAGUUCCAAUGGUGCAGGUCGAGUGGAAGUAUUCUACAAUGGAAGAUGGGGAACAGUAUGUGAUGGUGGUUGGGAUAUAAAUGAUGCUACGGUUGUAUGUCGUCAACUGGGAUUUAUAUCAGCUGUUAGAGCUCUUCAAGGUAGCAAUGUUCCCGAUGGAACUGGCCAGAUAUGGUUGGAUGAUGUUUCUUGUACUGGACAUGAACAAAAUUUAGCCAAUUGUUCUAACAAGGGAUGGGGAGUUUAUAAUUGCGCGCAUUCUGAGGACGCAGGAGUCGAAUGCUAUCCAACCGGUAAAAUUGCAGUAAUAUUUCCGAGCGUAGGCAAGCGACGUUUUUGUCAACACAGACGUUAUUAAAAUCUGAGUUUGUAUCAGUUUGUGGUAAUCUUCAACACAAAACAUAAAAGAUUUUUACGUCCGUGUUGAGUAAAACGUCGCUUGCUUAAGCUCACAAAUUAACUUUAACCACUCGCAUUAAACUAUGGCACUCCCAAUUUUCACUUCAUUUUUGACUUUUGUAAUAUAUGUCUGCAUUUGAACAGAGCAAAAUAAUAAAGUUGGGUGUCGCGUGGCUUGUUGCCACUUGAAGAGUUAGCCAUUCGAAAUGAUAUAUGUAAUUAUACUACCACAGAGAAUAAUUGGCAAUAAUACACGUAAUUACUACCACAGUGAGUGAAACAAAUUAACUUUCGAAAAGGUAUGAAACAAAUGUUUAUUUAUCUUUUUUUCUUCGUAUGAUUAUUCAAUAUAGAUGUGGAUGAAUGUUCCCCAGGACUGGACAACUGUGCUAAUAAUUCCCAAUGUAUUAACACCAAUGGGAGUUUUUUGUGCAGAUGUAACCAUGGUUACUCGGGAAAUGGUGUAUUUUGCUCUG